AAACUACAGUACUCACAAACCCUAGAAGCACGCAUCACUCCUCCUGUCCACCACCACGCUCGUCCACCACUACCACCAGCUGGCAGCCAUGGCGGCGAGCACGAAGAAGCUCCGUCCGCUCCUGCUCACCCUCCUCCUGCUCCUCACCGCCGCCGUCGCGGCGCCCGCCAUCGACUGCGACUGCGACAAGCCCAAGGCCCCCAAGCCCUCCCACCCGCCCAAGACCAAGCCCCCCACCAAGGACCCCAAGCCGGGACCCAAGGGCCCCACCUACCCGUCGCCGGCGCCCAAGGGCCACCUCCCGCGCCCGCCGGUCGUCGGCCCGCCGAAGGGCCACGUCCCUCGCCCGCCGGUCGUCGGCCCGCCGAAGGGCCACGUGCCCCGGCCGCCGGUCUACGGUCCGCCCAAGGGCCCCAUCACGCGCCCGCCGGUCACCAAGCCACCUGUCGUCGUCGGCCCGCCGGUGACCCACCCCACGCCGCCGGUGAGCGCGCCUCCGGUCACAUACCCAGCGCCACCGGUGACCACCCCUCCGGUCACCUACCCUGCGCCACCGGUGACCGCCCCUCCGGUCACAUACCCUUCACCUCCAGUCACCGCUCCCCCGGUCACGUACCCGACGCCGCCAGUGAACACGCCAUGCCCUCCGCCACCACCGGCGACGCCCGCGGCGCAAACGUGCCCGGUGGACUCGCUGAAGAUCGGCGCGUGCGUGGACCUGCUGGGCGGGCUGGUGCACGUGGGGCUCGGCGACCCGGUGGUGAACAAGUGCUGCCCGCUGCUGGAGGGGCUUGUGGAGCUGGAGGCGGCGGUCUGCCUGUGCACCACCAUCCGGCUCAAGCUGCUCAACAUCAACCUCGUCCUGCCCCUCGCCCUCCAGCUCCUCCUCACCUGCGGCAAGACGCCUCCCACCGGCUACACCUGCUCCAUCUAGUCGAGCUAAGCUCGGUGAGUCAGUGCACGUGGAGAUGGUGGAUCAUGGAUGGAUCGACAUGAGAGGAUGUCGAACGUGGUCGUAGUACGUAGCGAGCAAGAAGAAGAGAUUGAUCGAUCAGCUAUGAAGGGAUCGAUGAGUGCGUGUUUGCUUUUCUUCAUUUCUUGUGGUUUCCUUUAUCUGUUUGGUUAGGUCUGCGUGCUCUGGUUUGAUCGGUGCAAGAGGUGAUAAUCGGUGCGUGUACUGAUUACUUAAUUGUGUGGUCACAGCCAGUCCUGGUCACAGCUGAUGGCCAAUUGGUUAAGCUUGCAAACACCAGUAGUAACAUUCCAUGGCAUGAAUAAUUCACAGAGCUGUUCAAUCCA